UUAUGUUGCACAAUUACUUUUAACAAGUUUUUUAUUUUAUCGUUAAGUAGUGCGUUAUGUUAAUUCAAAAUAAAUCGUUUAAUGAACGAAAUUCAUGAGUUUGUUGAAGGAAAUAGUUGAUAGUUCAUCGACCUUACAGAGUGACAGUACGCGGCCAUGUUUAUACAAAUAUUAAAUAAUGUUGCUUUAUUAAAGUUCAGUUCAAAAAAGCUAAAAUAAGUGAAAAAGUGAUACUGCUAGUUUAGUGGAACAAUAAUGGAAAGUGCAGACAGAGGCUUGGCCCUCGACCAAGGGCUGUCAAUGAGCUCGAUGGGACCGCUCUCACCGCCGGAUAUGAAACCGGAUCCUGCGCUACUGAACGGCGGCUUUUCGCCCGGCAGUGGCGGCGCAGUUGUCGGCAGUCCCGCUAGUCCGCCUUUUGGUCAAAAUCACACAAUAGUAUCAGGAAACACGGCCACGGGCGCCCAAACGAAAUCACCAUACCCUCCAAAUCAUCCUUUGAGCGGGUCAAAACAUCUGUGCUCCAUAUGCGGAGAUAGGGCUUCCGGGAAGCAUUAUGGUGUUUACAGUUGCGAAGGUUGUAAGGGAUUUUUCAAACGGACGGUACGAAAAGAUCUGACGUAUGCCUGUCGAGAGGAUAGAAAUUGUUUGAUCGACAAAAGGCAGAGAAAUCGAUGUCAGUUCUGUCGAUAUCAGAAAUGUCUCGCCUGUGGAAUGAAACGAGAAGCCGUGCAGGAAGAACGACAACGAGGAGCAAAGAAUAAUGAAGAAAGCAACCCGACAAGUUCUGUUCGUGAUUUAACGGUAGAAAGAAUUUUAGAAGCAGAACAAAGGAGUGAAACUCGAAAUGUUGCGACGGACCCGGAAUUGUCGAUACAAUAUUUGCGAGUAGGACCUUCAUCCAUGGUGCCUCCUAGAUACAAGGGCCCUGUAUCCAGUCUGUGUCAGCAAGCAAAUAAACAGUUAUAUCAGUUAGUACAAUACGCAAGGUGCAUGCCGCAUUUUAGUGCUUUACAAUUAGAGGAUCAAGUAACGUUACUCAGAGCAGCCUGGAAUGAAUUACUUAUAGCAUCUAUAGCCUGGAGAAGUAUUGAGUAUCUAGAAUCCGAUGCAGAAACAAGUACGUCCAGUAUGUCUAGUGAUACUUCAACAAGGAGACGCGCUCCACCAGGACCGCCUGAAUUAAUGUGUUUCUUUCCUGGUAUGACGUUACAUCGGAAUAGUGCAAUCCAGGCUGGCGUCGGACCUAUUUUCGAUCGGGUACUGUCAGAAUUAAGUGUCAAAAUGAGAAGAAUGGAUUUGGACAGAGCAGAAUUAGGCUGUUUGAAGGCUAUAAUACUGUUUAAUCCUGAUAUUCGAGGACUGAAAUGUAGACAGGAAGUGGAUGCUUUACGAGAAAAGGUUUACGCGUGCCUGGACGAGCAUUGCAGGACGCAGCAUCCAGCGGAAGAGGGUCGUUUCGCAGCCCUGCUGCUUCGCCUGCCAGCUCUGAGGUCAAUCUCUUUGAAAUGUCUCGAUCACCUGUUUUUCUUCAGAUUGAUUGGCGAUACGCCGCUUGAGAGUUUUCUUGUGGAUUUACUCGAGGCCGGACCGAUCGGUUGAGCCGAUUCAUGG